ACUGGCAGAGUUGCCAUACAGACGCUGAGGACAGGCCUCAGGAAGUCCGACGGGAAAGCAACUCGGCGUCAAAUCUUUUCACGGGAACACUUCAUAGUGCAUUACGCAUAAGCAGGAUAGACGGAUUCAAGCAAAUCGACGAAAGUGUCUAUUAUGGUUGAUUUGGCUUGGCAUUGCCAUGUACGUAGAAACUUUUACAGUCGGUCCACCUCUUUUCAAAUACAUGCAGUAGAGCCACAAUAAUGUCGGCAAGGCCUGAAGAUGCUUGCCGUCAAAUUAGAAGAAAGCAAUCACUGCUGGUAAGCGGCAAGAUCCAGGACUUUGCUGGGUACAGGCCAAUUACGAUCUCAGGCCAACAUGAAGGAAGCUGGAAUAGAACGGGUGAGCACUGAAUUUGUCUCCGAAAGAAGGGGGUGGACAUGUAUCCGCCUUCCUAUGACAGCAAUAAAAAGACGUUCUUUUCAGAGCUUAUUUCACGAUGACCUUGACCACCAUAUAAGCUCUUCUUCAGGUGAGUGCAAGAGCUGUGGUACUGGCUGUGGUUGCGCUGACCCUGACAAGUGUGUUCGCUAGCAAUGCACGCUCUCACCGCGAGCCCAGGCCCACACAAAAUCAGAUGUCCACAAUUGAAGAUAGUAAAGGGAAUUGUGGGAACUGGAUGCGCGAUUACACGCAGUUGCACAAAAGUGUGAGAAGCGGUGCAAAAGGUCCACGGUAUCUCAUGGUGCAAGCGAAGAACACCAGUGGACUAGCUGAUAUGUUUGCUUGCAUCUCUUCAGCAUUCCUCUGCGCCCUUCUCAGCGAUCGAGCCCUCAUCAUUGAUGAGUCUGAUGAGUCUUCUCGUUUGAGCGUUGCUUACUCUGCCCCAAACAUUGACUGGAUCCACCAACCUCAAAAAUUAGAAUCUCUUUCUAGGAAGACAGUGCAUGGAAUUGGUACGACUGGGCCUCCCGCAGAAGGACCGGACAUUGACGUAUUCCAUUGGGGAAACCUAAGCAGCUUUGGCAGUGAGGAGCUUGUAAUAUUUGAUGAUUGCAAUGCGGGCCUUAUCAUGCCGCUUUUUGACAAUCCAUUUUACAAAGUUCGACUGUAUGAACUAGGUUUAACGCCCGAGACUGCUUAUGGUUGCAUAUUUUCGUUUUUGUUUAGAUUGAGAUCCACAGCUAAGGAUACAGUGAAAAAGGAGAUAGAGGCAAUGGAAGACAGCAGGUACAUCAAGAUUGGUAUCCACAUACGCACAAGUGACCCAACGAUGGCUAACCAAGAGCUUAGGUGGCCUAGCCACGAUGAAGCAGAAAGAGAGUUAGCAAAUUAUCGACCAUAUUUCUCGUGUGCUUUGGAAAUAGAGGAGAAGAUCUCACGUGCAAGUAAGAAGGAAAUUCUUUGGUUGGUAUUAAGUGAUUCUAUGUUGCUGCGAAAGAGUGCUGUCGUGUUGCAUGGGAAGAAGAUAUUGACAAAAAUUGAAGAUGGGAGGCCGCCGCGGCAUGUCAGGUCGAGCCAAGGAGGUGGUGGGGCAGACGCCAUGAGUCUUAGUGCAGGAGAGCAUUGGUUAUUUAGCUUGGCAGAUUAUCAUAUAUUUGGUUUUGGAGGCUUUGGGAAGAGUGCAGCUCUCUCUUCAAACAAGUGGGGUUAUUACGAAGUUCACUGGCACAAGGACCCUAGCUGCAAAGCUGUCAGUGUUCGAGAGCUUGCGGAUGUACCACCCGGUAUUUAGUGUAACAAGUCACCUGCAUACGGUAUUGCACUAUGUUUGCUAAAAACCGCCCGCAUAAUUGCCUGCCAAAUUUUAUUUAAAUAGCUUUCGACGC